AUGGCUGAUGAUCAGCCCGCCGCAUCAACAGCAACAGAACCCGCUCAUGAUCCGCUGAGCUGGCGAGCCAAGUGCAGCCAGCAGUACCGGGAAAGUAUGAUACAGUGGGUGUGGAAGGUGCUGCACCCGAAUGUUCAGCAACAUUUGAAGAUGGUCACCGAUCCCCAACUCGUCUCAGACCGCAACAAACUACAAGAAUACGAAAUCCGGCUCUUCGAUGAUUCCGCGUCCUUGGCUGACUACCGUGCAGCGCUGAAACGAUAUCGAGAUAUUUACAAGCCUGGGACGAAGCAGACAGCUGGCCGACGCGCGGCUAAUGAACCACGAGCGCAAGCAGCAAAAACCCAGAGCACGGCGGUUCCGAGGAAACGCGAGACUCCGGUGGAAGCGGCGGUGCAGGCAGUGCCGGCAAAGAUGAACUACGGCCCGCCCAGCUUCGACGGCCAGUACAGCCGACGUGCCAGCCAGGAUAUUCCGCCAGGCUACGACGACCAACCCGCCCACAGGAAUCUUAUGUACGCGAAUCACAUGCAAAUGCAGAUGCAAAUUGACCACGCGCCCCCUGGCUACGCACCUCAACCCCAGGCCGUUCAGCACGCGGACGACGGGGAUGUACAGGCCGACCAGGAGGUGCUCAGCUUCACCACGCCACAAUACGCUCGACCCCCUCAAGCCAUACAGUACUCCCCGAGAGUGCCAGGUGACCAGCGACGCGGUGCCGAGGAUCGGGAAGCGCCGAAGAUGAUCAUCUGGGUGGAGAAGCUCAAGGAGAAACUCAGAAAGCAGAAUCUGAAGCUGCUCAAGCUCCCAGGCCCGUUCCAGAUCGGCCUAGAGCACUACCAGACCAACCUCAAGCUCAUCAAGCUCAGCCGGCCCUCGCGUCGCCCGUUUUUCCGGCCCCCCGGGUACCACUGGCACCCCGCCGCCCAGGAGAUGCACGUCGGGGUUCCCGGAUAUGACCCCCGACGUCAUCGACAGGUUCAGCAGCAGCCGAUGCUGAUGUCGCCCCGAUUUUCCGGCCAGAUGGUCAUGCAAGUAUCGCCUGCCGCCCCGCAAGAGGUGCACUACUACGACGUCGCCCGUCAGCAACCGGUUCAGCACCGACGCAGAUCAUCUCCACCCCCACCUCCCCAUCGAGUCGUCCAGAGCACGAUGGAGCAGCGCCGCGAGGUGUCGAGCAUCAGCCCCCUGGCCAGCGCGUACAAAGACUGGUUCCGGCUGGACAUGACCGCCACCAGCUACACCACCAUGGUCACCUUCAUCGCGAAGAGCAUCUACGAGAUGGUCACCUGCGUCGAGGAGAGCGACGCGAAGACGGGCAGAAGGUGUAUGACGCUGGGGUUGAAGGUGGAGGAACGCGCCUAUGACAUGGCCGAAUCAACGAUGGACUACUUGGACAUCACCACAGGCUGGUUGAACGUCAUCAAGGAGUGGAUCUGCGUCGGCAAGAAGGUCACCGCUGACGACUUGAAGGAGAUUGAAAGCGAAGUUUGGAAGAGGAUGGAAUUUGAAGAAAAUGAAGGAGAUGAGCAAGAGGAAGAAGAUGAGGAUGAGCUCCUGGCUGAACAGCUUGAGCGCAGGCUACAAGAAGGGGAUGACCAGCAGGACGGAGAGGAAGAAGACGAGGAAGAGCUGGAAGAGCACGAGGCAGUAGAUGAGCAAGAAGGAGCGGAAGCUGAGGAAGGGGAAGAAGAUGAGGAGCAGGAGGCAGAUGAACAAGAGGAAGAAGAAGAUGAAGACGAAGAUGAGCAAGACGAGGAAGAAGACGAAGAAGAUGAAGGAUUCGACGACGAAGAAGCCGAGGAAGUCACCGAAGAAGAGCUUGCCGCCGAACUCGCCGAAGUUGAGGUCAGGGAAAGGGAGGAGCUGGAGAGGCUCCAGGCCGCCGCAGCCGACAAAGCCGAACAAGCCGACAAAGCCAGAACGGCCGCGUGUAAGAUGAAUAAGGUGGAGCAGGUGGUGCUCAAACUGAGGGCCGGAACUCAAAAGCCCGACACACCCGAGCCGGUCAAGCCCACAAAGCCGUUCAAGGGGGGACAGGUCGAGAAGCUGAAGCUUGCCAAGCUUCCUGCGGAACGACGAAAGCAAGGAGAACGAGAAGAACGUGAAGCUCCAUCGGAAGUGCCGGCGAAGAAGCCGAAAGGCGCAAUUGGAGCGCUAAUCGGAAGCGUCAUCAAGCUGGCCAAGGCCGCCAAGGCCAAGGAGUCUGAACUGCCUGAAGAAGUACCGGAAGGGCAGCAACUUGACGAAGUGGGAAGUGAGGAAAUGGAGCCGGCGACCACGGCCCCAAAAAGACGCGGAAGACCCCCGAGAAAAGCUGCGGAAUCGGCGGAGGAUACGGAGCCAGUUUCUGAAGAACACGACGAAGAUGCCGGGCAGGCAGGAGAAGGCGAACACGCCGAAGGGGCUGAACAACCUGGCCCCUCGUCUGCCGCUGCACAACAACAUGAAGAGGAUGAUGAAGAUGAGGAGGAUGAUGACGACCCCCUUGACCUUGAUGAGCAGUGCAUGGCGCGUGUGAUGGCAAAGUACCCGGGGCGGACGCGGAAGCAAGUGGUCACCGCCCUGAAGGCGCUCAGGGCCAAGAGCCGAGCAGCUGCGAACGCUGCCUGGAGGCCGCCGAACGUGACGCGGGAGCAGAUGAUUCAACACAAAUACGUCAUCGAGGAGGCCAAACUGGCGUGGGCCGAGGAGGAGGCCAUCUACCGGACGGCCGACACGCUCGAGCAGUACAAGGAAAUGGUGCAGCCGAGAAUGGAUGCGCUGGCAGCGCGAGGACCG